AGCAAGAGGGUAAGAAACUCUUGGUGGCUUCGCAGACAGUGGAUGUAUACAUCUCGUCCUUCCAGAAGACGUCGUCUGCUUUGGAUGUCUACAAGUAGCAAGACUCCUGUGAAGAAAACACAGAAAUAAUGAAAUGGUAGAUUAAAAUUUAUGCCUACCUUCUUAGGAUCAUUGGGACUGCUGACUGCGGAAGAUGGAGAACCUUUCAGAGGAUGUGAUAGAAAACAGUACUGUGAAUUGCACCAUUGAUCACAGAAUACAUCAGGUAUUAUCACCUGUGGUAUACAUACUUGUCUUUGUGGUAGGACUCCCAGCCAACUGUCUUUCACUGUACUAUGCCUACUUGCAGGUUAAGGUCAAGAAUGAACUGGGAAUCUAUCUUUGCAACUUGACUGUAGCAGACCUGCUUUACAUCUUUUCCCUGCCCUUUUGGCUCCAGUAUGUCCUACAGCAUGACAACUGGACCUAUAACGAACUCCUAUGCAAAAUUUGUGGAAUCCUCUUGUAUGAAAAUAUUUAUAUUAGUGUGGGUUUCCUCUGCUGCAUUUCAAUUGACCGUUACCUAGCUGUGGUGCACCCUUUUCGCUUCUAUCAAUGUCGCACAAUGAAGGCUGCUGUUGUGGUGAGCAUUGUCAUCUGGACCAAGGAAAUUCUGACAUGUUGUUUGGUUUUUAAGCACGGUGAAGUGAGUAAAGACUUGGAGAGCCAUGUGGUGUGUUUUGAGCAUUAUCCCAUCAAAACCUGGGAACACAACAUCAAUUAUUACCGUUUUGCUGCUGGAUUCAUAUUCCCAUUUUCUUUGCUACUUUUUUCUUAUUAUGGCAUUUUGAGAGUUGUACGCAAGAGUCAUGGCACUCAGAAGAAGAAGAAGAUUCAAAUUAAACGUCUGGUUUCAAGCACGAUUGUUAUUUUCUUGGUUUGCUUUGGGCCGUAUCAUAUUCUAUUGUUGGUGCGUAGCCUCUUUGAGAAGAACUGUGAGUUUGCUGCAACAAUCUUUAACAUCUACCAUUUUUCUCUCUUGUUAACAACUUUCAACUGUGUUGCAGACCCAGUAUUGUAUUGCUUUUGCAGUGAGAGCACCUACCAGGACUUUGCCAAAAUAGGAGACACCUGUUUAAGGUGCCUAAGAUGUACGCAGAUAGAAACAAAGGAAUCUUACCAGCUGAACACUCCAGAAACCUUCAGAAAAAUUAAAAAACAGGCUGAGCAGCAGCCAGAGUUGCUAAAUAAAACACAUGUUGUUCAUGAAAUGGAAGAAACAUCAAUCAACACUUUUCCAAAAGGAAAAGAGAUCUAAUAUCUCCAUGCAUGUAUUUGGUCACUUCUCUUUUUGGUACAUAACUGUAUGGGAAUCAUUUGUUGUACUCUGUAAAGGGAUCUAUAGUUUAAAAAAUAUAAUAAACUAGGCAAAGCUAAUUUUUUUUCCACGUGGAAAAUUCCCUAGUUCCUCCAUAGUCAUUCAGAGCUUUAUCACAGGGCUGGGCAAUUAUACAAACAAGUCACCCUUUGCAGUUCAGUAUCAUCCUAUAUAUACAGUAUCUCUAAUCAGGGAAGCAAGCUAUUUUAUCUGAGGAGGGGCUUGAGGAAAUAAAAAUAUUCAGUAUUGUAGAUUUUAAGUGUGCUGGUGAGUCAAGCCAAAGGUCUACCCAGUCUGACAUCCUGUUUUCUACAGUGCUGAGGUGCCCACAGAAGAGCACAUGGGCCAGAGCCGUCUCCUAUUGUUGCUCUGCAGCAACUGGUAUUCUGAGAUCCACUGCUUCUGAACAAAGAUGGGCCAUUUAUGUGACACUGACCCUACGUCCUUUUUAUCACAUUUCAGAAACCAAUUAAAAUUAGAGUACUUAGUAUUGUCCAGUAACAAAGACCUAGUUGGGAGAAUUCAGAGCAUCAAUUCUGUACCAUAACACAUGCAUGUUCCUUCAGAUGUAAUAGUUUCUUUGUGGACAACUGAACAAAUAA